AUGACCAGUUCAACCAUGUCGAGAGACUCAUCGCUAGCUCCACUGAAGGUGUGUGUUAUUGAUGAUCCACCCUUAUUGGAAGCCCAAGAGAAGUUCGACGAUCGAAGUUCCUAUGACACAUCAACGCCAAUCGCUAUUGAUUUUGGAUCUAGCCAUGUCAGAGCGGGUUUCACAAGUUCUAAGAGACCUUCCCAUAUCUUUACGAAUAAAUUAACUAGAUAUAGAGAUCGCAAGAUAAGUAGGACCAUGACUUUUAUUGGUAAUGAUGUCUGCUUGGAUCAAACUGUUCGAGCUCAGGCAAGGACUCCGUUCGAUGGACCUCUUGUCACGAAUUGGGAAUAUGUUGAGGAGAUAAUGGAGUAUACUUUCAACCAUCUUGGUGUUCAAGGUGAUGGUGGGGUAUCCAAUCCUCUUUUACUUACAGAGCGCAUGGCAACGAUUCAGUCCCAAAGAACGAAUUGGUAUCAGUUGUUAUUCGAAUGCUUUGAUGUUCCAGGCGUGGCAUUCGGCAUUGAUGCAUUGUUUUCUUACUAUGGCAAUAACUCAUCAAAUAGCACCGGUUUAGUAAUCGGGUGUGGAAAUGAAGAUACAAAUGUCAUACCAAUAAUUGAGGGAAGAGGUAUUUUAACAGAUGCUAAGAGAAUUAACUGGGGAGGUCAUCAGUCGGUAGACUACUUGACAAAUCUCAUGUCUUUAAAGUACCCGUAUUUUCCAGCUAAGCUAUCGAACUUUCAAUUUGAAACAAUGUACCAAGACUAUUGCUAUGUUUCCACCAAUUAUGAGAAGGAUAUAGAUUCAUAUCUUACUUUGCAAUCACUAGAGGCUAAAAAUAUCGUUGUCGAAGCACCAUUCACUGAAGUCAUUCAGCCACAAAAGACUGAAGAGGAGUUACGAAUUCAAAUUGAAAAGAGAAAAGAAAGCGGUAAAAGACUUCAAGAGCAAGCCAAGCAAAAAAGAAUCGAAAGGCUUGUCCAAAAGGAAGAAGAGUUCGAGUAUUAUUGCCAAGUUAGAGAACAGCUCAAGGACCAAAAUAAGAAAAAAGUGCUAUCAAUUUUGCAGAAUGCAGGUUUCGAUGAUGAGAGAGAUUUUAAAAAAUAUCUUUACAACCUAGAAAGGUCCUUAAAGAGGUCCCAGGUAGUAAAUGCUGAUGAUGUCGAAGAUGUCGAUCAAGACCAGGAAUUGGAUGACAAAUUUGAUCUUUUGGACAUACCAGACGAGGAUUUGACGGAAGAUCAGGUCAAGGAAAAGAAAAAACAAAGAAUAUUAAAAGCCAGCUCUGAUGCUAGAAACAAAGUUAAAGAAGAGAAAGAAAGACUUGCUCAAGAGGCGGAAGAAAGGGAAGUGCAAGAUCGGCAAUGGAGAGAAUCCGAUCUAGUGGGAUGGAUUAAGGAUAAACGAAAAAAGCUUUCUGAACUAGUGAACAGAAGAAAAGAAAAAAUCAAAAUCAAAAACGAGAUGAAAGAUCGGAAAUCUCAGAUAUCUCAAAAUAGGAUGAAAAAUCUAGCAACUUUGGCCGAGGACGGUGCUCGCGGAAAUUCAAAAAGAACACGGCAGCAGGCUACGAUAGAUAACGAUCCUAAUGAUACAUUUGGUGCGAACGAUGACGAUUGGUCAGUUUAUAAUGAUAUAACUCAAAACCCAGAGGCGUUGGAACAAAUUAUCGAAGAAGAAUACAAGGAAAUCGUAGAUUUGGAGGGUGUACUUCUAGAGCAUGAUCCUAACUUUACUGAUGAGGAUACAAUGGAUGCUCAAUACGAUUGGAGGAAUUCGGUUUUGCACUUAUUUCUAAGGGGUCCAAGACCGCAUGAUAGUGAGAACUCUCAUGAACAGCAUCAAAUGCAUCUGAAUAUCGAGCGUAUAAGAGUACCUGAAGUCUUGUUUCAGCCUACCAUGGGCGGAGAAGAUCAAGCCGGAAUUACAGAACUUUGCCAAAAUGUUAUUUUAGGUAAAUUUGGAUCAUCUCCACGCGGCCUGAGUCCGAUAACGUCUUCAAUGGCCUCUAAUGUAUGGAUAACAGGUGGGAAUGCCAGGCUUCCUGGUUUAAAAGAGAGAAUGGUGAGGGAAUUUACCGAAUUUCUCCCGGCACGUACACCAUUUAGUAUCAAUAUAACAAGUGAGCCAGCAUUGGAUUGCUGGAAGGGAAUGGCUAAGUUCGCUAACAAUGAAGUCGACUUCAAAAAAGGCUUUGUUACUAGAAAGGAAUAUGAGGAGUAUGGACCAGAAUACAUAAAGGAACAUAACCUAGGCAAUGUCAACUAUUUUGAAUGA